AUGAUUCCUGCGAGGUUGACCAUGUCCGCGCGUGCGGCGACCGCGCGCUCCCAAGUCCCAACCUUGAGAGCUCUCACGCAAUCCCGGACUCUGUCAAGUUCAUCAUUGCCAAUUCGAGUCAGCAGCCUAAACGCCAACAAGAGUAUCUUGCAGGCAAAUUCCGUGCCCUCCCAACUGGUCUCUCCGUUCGCCGCGCUAUCUGUGACUCGAUCAUUCCACGCCACAUCUCCUGUCCUGCAACAGCAGCAGCAGCAACAACAAAAACCGAAAAACGAGCAGAAGGGUGAAGACUCAGAGUCUGAACAGAACAAGGAACAUGAGAGCUCGGGGAAGGAAGAGUCCAAGGAAGAGAAGAAGGACGAAGCGCCUCCCCCACCCCACGGUGACAAGUCUCCGUGGCAAGUCUUCCGUGAAACCCUCCAGACCGAAUUCAAGGCUUCCAAAGAAUGGAAUGAAUCUACUAAAGCCCUGGCGUCCUCUGCUCACGAAUUCUCCGAGAAUGAGAACAUCAAGCGCGCUCGUGCUGCUUAUCAAGCGGCUUCGGGAGCCGCGUCUAGCCGCACAUCGUCCGCCCUCAAGACUACAGGUCAAGCGAUCGGUAAAGGUGCUGCUUGGACAUGGAACACUCCUGUUGUCAAGGGUGUCAGAAAGGGUGUCAGUGUCACCGGUGCCGGUCUUGAGAAGGCGACGCGCCCUGUCCGUGAGACAGAGGCUUACAAGAGUGUGAAGGAGGCCAUUGACGAUGGCAGUAGCUCACGCUACGGAGGUUGGAUUGAGAAGGAAGAGCGUCGUAAGCAGCGACAACUUCGUGAGGAGAUGGAGGCCAAGUCUGGCAAGCGCCCAAUGCAACCGAUGGAAGAGGACCCCAACGCCGGGACCAACGUGACUCUGCACAAGGACGCAGCUUGGAAGGAGUCAUGGAACAACUUCCGGGACUCUAACCCUAUGAUGCAAAAAUUGUUCGCUAUGAGAGACGUCUACGAGGAAUCGGAGAACCCCCUUAUCAGUACCGCUCGCAGCAUCACGGAUCGCAUUGGAGGAUUUUUUGCCGAGAAUGAAACAGCAAUGGUGGUUAAGAAAUUCCGCGAAAUUGAUCCCAACUUCCAAAUGGAAGAAUUCCUGCGCGAGCUUCGUGAAUACAUUCUUCCGGAAGUUCUCGAUGCCUACGUAAAGGGUGAUGUUGAGACCCUGAAGCUCUGGCUCUCAGAUGCGCAAUUCUCCGUCUACGCUGCCCUUGCCAAGCAAUACACCACUGCUGGCCUUCGAUCGGAUGGGCGUAUUCUUGACAUUCGUGGCGUGGAUGUUUCCAACGCUCGUCUAUUGGAGCCGGGAGAGAUUCCCGUGUUCGUCAUUACCUGCCGUGCUCAAGAAGUACACGUUUAUCGCAACGUCAAAUCGAAUGAGCUUGCUGCCGGUAUGGAAGACAAGGUUCAGUUGGUCACAUAUGCCAUCGGCAUGACACGCAUUCCUGAAGAGGUCAACAACCCCGAAACUCGAGGCUGGAGACUGAUCGAGCUGCAAAAGGCUGCCCGUGAUUAUAUCUAG